AUGGACCCCUUAAUUUUGCGUCGUUCUGCGGCGACACUCCUUGAUCAAUUGACGGAACAUCUGGAAGACCCCCACGGACUGGGCUUUAUGAGCCCUGCCAUCUAUGAUACUGCAUGGGUUUCAAUGAUUCAGAAAGGGGCGGAUGGUCAGAGGACGUGGUUGUUCCCUGAGUGCUUCGAGUAUCUUCUGCAAACCCAGCUCGAGGACGGCAGUUGGAUCACAUAUGCCUCACAGAUUGACGGUAUUCUUAACACCGCUGCUUCUCUAUUGUCUAUGAAGCGUCACUUCAUGACACCACUUCAGAUUAGCACCAUAUCACAGGAAGCUCUCUCAGAGCGUAUUGAUCGAGCCACGAAUGCCUUGCAGCGGCUACUCCAUGACUGGAACGUGGAAACUACCUUGCAUGUUGGUUUCGAAAUUCUUGUCCCCGCAUUGCUAGGCUAUUUAGCGGAGGAAAGCAUCACCUUCAACUUCCCUGGACAUGAUCUGUUAUUUACCGUCCGCGACCAGAAAUUAGCCCGAUUCAAGGCUGAGUUUCUAUAUGCGCCAAUUCAAACCACUGCCUUGCAUUCUUUGGAGGCUUUUAUUGGCCUCAUUGACUUUGAUCGUGUCCUUCACCACAAAGUCAGCGGCUCAUUCAUGGCGUCGCCAUCGUCCACAGCUGCCGUGCUGAUGCAUGCAUCUGUAUGGGACGAAGAAUGCGAGGAAUACAUUCGUCAUGUCAUCCAACAUGCAUCUGGCAAAGACUCUGGAGGUGUUCCCAGCGCCUUUCCGUCCACCAUAUUCGAGAUAACUUGGACACUCUCCACCCUGCUCAAAGCCGGGUUUGACUUGGAUGUGAAAUCUCUACCCGCCGUCGAGAAGGCCAAGACUUACCUCUACAAUGCGCUCAUUGCGGACAAAGGGACCGUCGGAUUCACUCCCCGUGUUUGUGCCGAUGCCGAUGAUACGGCUAAGGCUCUUCUCGUUCUCAAUUUGCUACAAUCGCAUGCAUCGCCAGAUGCAAUGCUAGCAGCAUUUGAGGCUGAACACCAUUUCAAGACCUAUCCCUAUGAGCGUGAUCCCAGCUUCUCAGCCAACUGCAAUGUCUUACUAGCGUUGCUCCACGCGGAACAGCCCUCAGAGUACGCCUCACAGAUUGAGAAGGCAGCAAGAUUCCUGCAUAAACAUUUCCGUGAAUCUGCCGAUCUUCAGGUUCAAGAUAAAUGGAACUUGUCCCCUUUAUACUCUUGGAUGCUGAUGGCACAGGCAAUCGCCCGCCUACACCAUCUAUGCCAGGAUAAGCAACUACUCUCUCUGGAAGAAUCCUUGAAAGAGGAGUUGUCAGUGCUGCUAAGGGACAUGACGAGCUCUGUUCUCCGCCAACAGAAUCAAACUGGCUCUUGGGGUUCCAGGAACUCCAAAGAGGAAACUGCAUAUGCAGUGCUCAUGCUUACAUAUGCGGUGCAAUGUGAGAUUGAAGACUCAUCUUAUCAAGAUAUCCGAAAUGUUGUUCACGACGGCUGCGCCUUCCUUCGCUCAGACACUUCAGUGGGCUCAGAGCGGCUAUGGGUGGAGAAAGUUACUUAUGAGUCGGAGAUGUUGUCGCAGGCAUAUAUCUUGGCUGCACUGAAUAACGCCAUGAAUUUGCGUGUGGACGUGGAGAGUGAGCCUCAAUCUGUUACUACUAAUGGGGUCAAUGGACACUAUGCCGAGGAUGAGAAACAAACCAACGGCACAAAUGGGAUACACGCCAACGGCCACAACCACAAAGCUGUUACAACGAAUGGUAUUGAAACCAAUGGGACAGAGCCAAAGGCCACCAUUCCUGAGGUUAUGGAAAUUCCCGAGAUGAUGACAAUUCAUGAGGUACCUAUUUUGGUUCACCAACAGAACGGGGAUAGUCAUGAGCAGAACUUAAAGUCCAAGCCAAUCUAUAUCGAUCAUACUACCACCAAUCGCCAACGAGGCGAAUGGACAGAAGAACAAGAAAAAAUCUUGCUCGGGCCUUUCGACUAUCUCGAGAGCCUACCAGGGAAGAACAUGCGAUCCAAAUUCAUUCAGGCCUUCAACACCUGGCUCAAUGUACCACCAGAGCACCUGGAAGUCGUCGAAAGGGUUAUCACCAUGCUUCACACGGCAUCGCUCCUCGUUGAUGACAUCGAAGACAGCUCUGUGCUUCGUCGAGGUCAGCCGGUAGCACACAGCAUUUUCGGCGUCGCGCAAACAUUCAAUUCCGGCAAUUACGUCUAUUUCCUGGCACUACGAGAGAUCCAGAAAUUGAACAGCCCACGGGCGAUCGAGAUCUAUAUCGAUGCCUUGAUUCAACUGCAUCGAGGUCAAGGCAUGGAUGUUUUCUGGCGCGAUUCGCUCAUAUGUCCGACGGAACAAGAGUAUCUGGACAUGGUCGCUAACAAGACGGGGGCACUUUUCGGUCUCGCCAUCGAUCUACUACAGGUCGGCAGCACCGUUCAGGCUGACUUCACUCCUCUUGUCCAACAAUUUGGCAUCAUCUUCCAGAUUUGUGACGAUUACCUGAACCUGAAGUCGACAAGUUAUCUGCAGAAGAAAGGCCUGUGUGAGGAUCUCACGGAGGGCAAAUUCUCAUUUCCCAUUAUUCACAGCAUUCGUUCAAAUCCUGGCAACCGGCAACUUAUCAAUGUCUUGAAACAGAAGUCUCAGGAUGAGGAUCUCAAACGAUUCGCUGUUUCAUACAUGGAGAGCACUAAGACCUUCGAGUAUAUUCGAACAUUUGUUACGAGUCUCAAGGCUGAGGCCAUGGAUAUGAUUGGGGAUUUAGAGAAGCAGGGAUUGGGCGAGAAUCUUGGAAUACGAAAGAUUUUGGCUCGAAUGUCUCUGGAGGAUCAAUGA